GAAGCUUCCCUCACCAGCCUGCAGCCAGGACCGAUCCCGAGCCGCCGGAAGCUUCCCUCACCUGCCUGCAGCCAUGCUCGAGACCAGCAGUGAUGACCUGUUCCUGCCUUCCUGCCAAGAUGAGGAGCUGGUGGACAACCUGCUGUCCAGUGAGGAUGGUGAUGAUGGAGCAGGCCUCUCCCUGGCCAAGGCCCUGCUUCCACUGGUCGAGUGCUCCUCCUCUUCCCUCAUCCCCUGGGUCUGCUCCACCCGCUACAAGACAGAGCUCUGCACCAGCUACUCCUCUACUGGUUUCUGCAAGUACGCCGAGCGCUGCCAGUUCGCCCACGGCCUCCAUGAGCUCCAUGUUCCCUUCCGCCACCCAAAGUACAAGACGGAGUUGUGUCGCAGCUUCCACACAACAGGCUACUGCUACUAUGGCAGCCGUUGUCUGUUUGUCCACAACUCCACAGAGCAGCGCCCUGUCCUACGCCGCCGCAGGAAUGUCCCCUGCCGCACCUUCCGCUCCUUUGGCGUCUGUCCCUUUGGCACGCGCUGUAACUUCCUGCACAUUGAUGGAGAAGAAGGUGGAGACAGCAGUGGUCUAGGGUCUCCUGAUGUGUGUGAGAGGUCUCCUGAUGUGUGUGAGAAGACUCCGUCUGGUCUCAGCCCCCAACUCCCACCACAGACCAAGGAGUGGAAGCCUCGAGGAGCUUUGUGUCGUACCUUCAGCUCCUUCGGUUUCUGCUUGUAUGGUACUCGCUGUCGCUUCCAGCACGGCCUCCCCAGCAAGACCAAAACCUCUGACCAGAGUCCAGGAGGAUCUCUAUACACCAAGCUGUCUGUUGGCAGCUCAGGUUUACCUUCCCCCUCUUUCUUCAGUUCCACCCCAAACUCUUCGACCUCCUCCUCUCCUCCAUCAACCUCUCCUCUCACCACUCCACCCGCAGAGGCCACAGUCCACAAUGCCUUCACCUUCUCCAGCCAGCACCUGAGUGACCUCCUGCUGCCGUUGGCUCUUCACCUGCAGCAGCUGGAAACCAGCAAGGCCCAGGAGAUAUGGGACAACAGAGCUGUUUAAGUGGUGGUGGUUGGAACCAGCACUGCACACCACAGCUCAAUGAAAUAUUUUUUUUAACUUUUUUUAUUUUUUUUUUUAACCCCUCCUUCCCAUGGGCAUGUUCUUAAGUUGUGAGUGUAUGUUAUCAGGUCAAGCAGGCCUUGAGCUGUAGUAGAUCAGAGGUAUUGAAUAGUUCCGGACCUCCUGUUUCAGGUUCAGCUAUGAGUGUCAUUAAUUUUUUAACUAUUGUACAUACUUUAUUAAUGAACUUGGUAAAUGAAAUGUCUCACCUCAGCAUUGUGAAUAAACUAUUUUAAUCUCUAA